CACACACACACACACACGUGUUCAAACUGCGUCCCGGGGCAGCACGCGCACUCACCGCAUCACUGUCCGGUCGUGGGAUGGAUGAACCGGGCGCGCUGCAUCAGCGGAACGGGCCCGCCGCGGGUGCGCGCAUGCACGGGCAGUUCACGGACGCGGACACCGGGCGGCUCACACACGCUCUGACUCUGUCGGACAGCUGUCUGACCGUGCAGAACAUCAGCUCCUCUUCACCGCCGGAGCACCUGGACCUGCGCGACUGCCUGUGGAGCCGCGCGCACCGGGGCGAGGACCAGGACGCGUAUCUCUGCGUGUAUCUCUACCCGUACCGGCGCCGCUGGAUGGCCUGGGGUCCGGGGCGUCAGAGGGACGAGCGGCGCUUUCGGCUCGCGCUCAGGACGGAUGAUAAUGAUGAGGACGCGAACCUGCGCGAGGCGGAACGCUGGGCGCGCGCCAUCAACAGCGUUGGGCGCGCGGAACACGCGCACGGUGUGUUGUUAUCUGAGGUCCGCCGACCGCGUGGCAUGAUGGUUUUGGUCAAUCCUCAGAGUGGACAGGGCCAGGCGAUGGCUCUCUAUAACCGCCACAUACAGCGGAUGCUCACUGAGGCAGAUAUACCACACACACUCUUCAUCACAGAGCGUCAGAAUCACGCGCGGGAUCUGGUGAGGAGCGCUGACCUGACGCAGUGGGACGCUCUGGUCGUUCUGUCUGGAGACGGGCUGCUGUUUGAGGUGGUGAACGGUCUAAUGGAUAGGCCGGAUUGGGAAAAGGCCAUCCAGACUCCUCUGGGAAUCCUGCCUGGGGGUUCAGGAAAUGCCCUGGCUGCUUCUGUCCAUCACUACACACGAGCGUCUCCGGUGUGGGGUGAAGACCUGCUCACCAGCUGUGGGUUCUUGCUCUGUAAGGGUCUGGUGUCGAAACUGGACCUGGUCUCCAUCCGUCUGGCGUCCGGCGCUCGUCUCUUCUCCUUCCUGUCUCUGGCCUGGGGCUUCGUGGCCGACGUGGACAUCGAGAGCGAGCGGUUUCGGCCGAUCGGAGCGCUGCGCUUCCUCCUCAGCACGCUGCUGAGUCUGGCCUCCUUACGCGUCUAUCAGGGGAAGCUGGCGUUCCUGCCUGCCGAAAGCGAGCGAGAGUCGUCCUCAGCUGGGCUCUGUGGCGCAGACACCCGGCUGCCUGACCGUCUGCUGGUCCCUCUGGAGCAGCCCGUCCCGCAGGACUGGACGCAGGUGGAGGAGCAGGAGUUCGUCCUGGUGCUGGCCAUGUUUCAGGCGCACCUGGACGAGGAUCUGCGGGCGGCUCCAGACGCACGGGUCGAUGACGGACUCAUUCACCUGUUCUACGUGACGGGGGGAGUCUCACGCCUCAUGAUGCUGCGGCUCUUCCGGGCCAUGCAGAGCGGGAAGCACCUGGACUUGGGCUGCGCUCAUCUGGUGUACCGGCGUGCACGAGCGCUGAGGCUGGAGCCGCUGAGUACGGCCGGCGUGAUGACGGUGGACGGCGAGCGCGUGGAGUACGGGCCUCUUCAGGCGCAGGUGCACAGAGGAGCGGCCCGCCUCAUCUCAGCGUGAACCAGGGGUUUAAAACCUGAAGCAUUACACCACCGCACAACCCUGACUGCCUGCUGUUACACUUGAAUUCAAUUAGGGUGACCAAACGUGCCAUUUUCCCAUGCAUGAAGGUGGGAUCUUCAGAGAAGGGUCAAAGCGAUGCAAAUACGUGUAUACUAGUGUUUGACUUGAAGCAGAUCGAUCGGUGUCUGACAUCACAGUACUGUGAGACGAUUCAGAAGCACAAGAAGCCGUCUGAUCAGAGCUCUCUUUGGAAAAUGGCACUUUUCGUCACCCUAAUUUAAUGUUUGUUUGUUUGUUUUAUUAAAGA